AUGCCGCUGACCCGGAGCCGGCCCCUCACCCCGCCCGGUCGUUGGGACGUGCGCUCUGUGCCCCGUUCCCAUGAGAGCGGGAGCCGCUCGCAGGGCCGCAGCGUGAGGACACCAGUCACGUUGGGCGAGAACCCACCCAAUGCCCUCAUCCUAACCUGCUGCACCUGCACAGACCCCAUCUCCAGACGAGGCCCCUUUCAUGGGCCCCGGGUGCCCGGAGGGCUGUCUCCACACCUGCAGGAGUUGCCGCCACAGCAAGAUGGCAGGACCCUGUCGCGCGACGCGGACGCCGGCCAGGCGGGAAGCCGGACCUUCCGCACCUGCGGCGCCCCGGGGCUCGGCGGGCCCGGCGCGGGCACCUGCGGCUGCGCCCUGCGCGUCCCCGGGCCAUGGCGCACGUGGAGGCGGCGGCUCCGAGGGCCCCCCGGGGCCUCCUGUGAGCAGGGGACCGGAGCGGGGACCCGGCGCGGGGCCGCGGGCACGAUGCCCGUCUUUCCGGAGGCGAGGGCGGCGGGGUGCGCGGUGGCCCUGGCCCUGGUGCUGCUGCUUCCCGCAGGGCCAGCGAGCGCCCUGCUCCGCCUGCAGCUCGGCCUGCCCCACGUGUGUGCCGAACAGGAGCUGACCUUGGUGGGCCGCCGCCAGCCCUGUGUGCAGGCUUUCAGCCGAACCGUGCCCGUGUGGAAGCCGGGCUGUGGGCGGCAGGCAUGGUGCGUCGGCCACGAGCGGAGAACCAUCUACUACACAGGCUACAGGCAGGUAUAUGCCAUGGAGGCCCAGACCGUGUUGAGGUGCUGCCCAGGGUGGAGCCAGCAGCCUGGAGACCAGGGCUGCCUCUCCCCCCAGUGCAGCACUGGCCUCUGUUUUAACGGCGGCCACUGCGUGCCUGGCUCAGCCCAGCUAUGCUACUGUCCCCGAGGCUUCCAGGGUCCCCGAUGUCAGUACGAUGUGGAUGAGUGCCAAAUGCACAAUGGCGGCUGUCAGCACAGAUGUGUGAACACACCAGGCUCCUAUCUCUGCGAGUGCAAGCCCGGAUUCCGGCUCCAUGCGGACGGCAGGACCUGCUUGGCCAUAAACUCCUGUGCCUUGGGGAAUGGGGGCUGCCAGCACGAGUGUGUCCAGCUCACAGUGACCCAGCACCGCUGCCAGUGCCGCCCCGAGUUCCAGCUCCAGGAGGACGGAAAGCGCUGUGUCCGGAGAAACCCGUGCGCGGACCGGAACGGCGGCUGCAUGCACACGUGCCAGGUGCGCCGCGGCCUUGCCCACUGUGAGUGCCACGCGGGCUUCCUCUUGGCGGCCGACCGCAGGUCCUGUGAAGAUGUGGACGAAUGCGCCACAGGCCAGGCCCAGUGUGCCCACGGCUGCCUCAAUACCCGGGGGUCCUUCACGUGCAUCUGCCAUGCUGGCUACGAGCUGGGCGCUGACAGCCGGCAGUGCUACCGCAUCGAGAUGGAGAUUGUGAACAGCUGUGAGGCGAACAAUGGGGGUUGCUCGCAUGGCUGCAGCCACACAAGUGCGGGGCCUCUCUGCACCUGCCCCCGGGGCUAUGAGCUUGACGAGGACCAGAAGACAUGCAUCGAUGUGGACGACUGUGCGGCCUCCCCGUGCUGCCAGCAGGCCUGCACCAACAGCCCCGGCGGGUAUGAGUGUGGCUGCUACGCUGGCUACCGGCUCAGCACCGACGGCUGCGGGNCUGCAGACGUGGACGAAUGCGCCUCUGGCCGCGGCGGCUGUGAGCACCGCUGCACCAACCUGGCGGGCUCCUUCCGGUGCUCGUGUGAGGCCGGCUUCCGGCUGGACCAGGACCGCAGGGGCUGUGCCCCGCUGGAGAUCCCCGAGGUGGACCUGAAUGGCCAGCUGCCCUUUGUGCGGCCCCUCCCACAUGUCGCGGUGCUCCAGGACGAACUGCCUCACCUCUUCCAAGACGACUAUGUCGGGGUCCAGGAGGAGGAGGCAGCGGCGGAGGCCCGGGGCGAGCACACGCUGAUGGAGAAGUUUGUCUGCCUGGAUGCCUCCUUUGGCCAGGACUGCAGCCUCACGUGUGACGACUGUCGGAAUGGGGCGACCUGCCUCCCAAGCCUGGAUGGCUGUGACUGCCCCGAGGGCUGGACCGGCCUCAUCUGCAACGAGGCUUGUCCUCCAGACACCUUCGGGAAGAACUGCAGCCUCUCCUGCGCCUGUCAGAAUGGCGGGACCUGUGACCCCGUGACGGGCGCCUGCCGCUGCCCUCCCGGCGUCGGUGGAGCCCGCUGUGAGGACGGCUGCCCCAAGGGCUUCUAUGGCAAGCAGUGUCACAAGAAGUGUCACUGUGCCAACCGUGGCCGGUGCCACCGCCUCUACGGGGCCUGCCUCUGUGACCCAGGGCUCUACGGCCGCUUCUGCCACCUGGCGUGUCCGCCGUGGGCCUUUGGGCCCAGCUGCUCAGAGGAGUGCCUGUGUGAGCGGCAGAACACGCUGACCUGUGACCGGAGGGAUGGUAGCUGUUCCUGCAAGGCCGGCUUCAGGGGCGAGCGGUGUCAGGAUGAGUGUAUGCCGGGCUUCUUUGGGCCCGGAUGCCGACAGGCGUGCACCUGCCCUCAGGGCGUGGCCUGUGACCCCGUAAGCGGCCAGUGUGGGGGGCUGUGUCCUGCCGGCUACCAGGGGAAGGACUGUGAUCAAGAGUGCCCAGGGGGGACAUUUGGUCCCGUGGGGGGGGCACCCUGUGACCGGGUCAUGGGGCAGGGCCUGUGCCCUCCAGGGAGAACUGGGGACGGCUGAGGGCAGGUGAAUUGUCCCGAGGGUCGCUGGGGGCUCGGCUGCCAGGAGAUCUGCCUGGAGUGUGAGCAUGGCGCUGCGUGUGAGCCUGGGACCGGAGCCUGCCUGUGCCCCCCCGGUUACGUGGGCAGCCGCUGCCAGGACCCAUGCCCUGCAGGCUGGUUUGGGCCCGGCUGCCAGACGAGGUGCUCCUGUGCCAACGAUGGGCACUGCCACCCGGAGACUGGACAUUGCAGCUGUGCCCCUGGAUGGACCGGCCUUGGCUGCCAGAGGGCCUGUGACGAUGGGCACUGGGGACCCGACUGCAGCCACCCCUGCACCUGCAGCCCAGGCCACGGAAGUUGCGACGCGGUCAGUGGCCUGUGUGUGUGUGAGGCCGGCUACACGGGCUUGCAGUGUGAACAGCGGUGUCCCCAGGGCCGCUUUGGGCCGGGCUGUGGACAGCAGUGCCAGUGUGAGCACGGGGCAGCCUGUGACCACGUCAGCGGGGCGUGCACCUGCCCGGCCGGCUGGAGGGGAGCCUUCUGUGAACGCGCCUGCCCGGUGGGCUUCUUCGGCCUGGAUUGCCACCGUGUCUGUGACUGCGCCCCCGGGGCCCCCUGUGACUCUGUGAGCGGCUCCUGCCUCUGCCCUGCCGGCCGCCAGGGCCCCUGCUGUGCGCAGGCCUGCCCCGCCCCCACUUACGGACACAACUGCAGCCAGACCUGCUCCUGCUUCAAUGGGGCCUCCUGUGACCCCGUCCAUGGACAGUGCCGCUGCAGCCCUGGCUGGAUGGGCCCCACCUGCCUGGAGCGUAAGCCCCACCCCACCCCAGGAGUCUGGGACCAGGGCUUGUGGCAGCCCUUCUGUCUGUGAGCAUGCCUCCUCUGCCAGCACGGGGGCACCUGUGACCCCGUGUCAGGCCACUGCACGUGCCCGCAGGGCUGGGCUGGCCCAGCCUGCGAGCAGGAGUGUCUCCCUGGGCGCUUCGGAGCCGGCUGCAAGCUCAGUUGCGGAUGUCUCAACGGUGGCCUCUGUGAGCGGCGUUCGGGCUGCUACCUCUGCCCAGCCGGCUGGACCGGGGACAAGUGUCAGAACCCCUGCCCCCUUGGCUGGUUUGGAGAGGCCUGUGGCCAGCGCUGCCUGUGCCCACCCGGCGCCGCCUGCCACCACGUCACCGGGGAGUGCCGCUGCCCACCAGGCUCCAUGGGGCCCGGCUGUGAGCAGGAAUGCCCCCCCGGGCGGUUUGGGCCUGGCUGUGAGCAGCGGUGUGAGUGUGUCCACGGGGACUCCUGUGACGCAGCCACCGGGGCCUGCCUCUGCCCUGCUGGGUUCCUGGGGGCCACCUGCAGCCUGCCCUGUCCACAGGGCCGCUUUGGCCCCAGCUGUGCCCACGUGUGCAGGUGUGGGCAGGGAGCAUCGUGUGACCCCGUGACUGGCACCUGCACCUGCCCCCCCGGGAGGACCGGCGCCCACUGUGAGCAUGGCUGCCCUCAGAACCGGUUUGGCGUGAGCUGUGAGCGCGUGUGCCCCUGCAGGAACGGGGGCCUGUGCCAUGCGGCCAACGGUAGCUGCUUCUGCGGCCUGGGCUGGACGGGGCCGCACUGUGAGCUGGCCUGCCCUCCUGGUCACUAUGGUGCCGCCUGCCGUCUGCAGUGCUCUUGCCAAAACAACGGCACGUGUGAGCCCACCACGGGCGCCUGCCACUGCGGCCCCGGCUUCUACGGCCAGGCCUGCCAGCACUCCUGUCCCCCCGGCUUCCACGGGGCUGCCUGCCGGGCAGCGUGUGAGUGUCAGCACGGGGCCCCCUGCCACCCCGUCAGCGGCCAGUGUGUCUGCCCCGCCGGCUUCUCCGGCCAGCUCUGUGAGAGGGGGUGUGAACCAGGCUCUUUUGGAGAGGGCUGCCGCCAGCGCUGUGACUGCAGGGCGGGGGCACCCUGCGACCCCGUCACCGGCCAGUGCCUGUGUCCCCCGGGGCGCACAGGGGCCACCUGUGACCUUGACUGCACAGCGGGCUUCUUUGGGCCGGGCUGUGCCCUGCGCUGCGGCUGUGGGGCUGGGGCUACCUGUGACCCCGUCAGUGGGCUGUGCCACUGUGUGAACGGCUCUCUGGGGCCCACCUGCCAGCAAGAGCAGAGCAGCCAGCCUAGCUGGGCAGCCAUCCAGAACCUGGACCUCAGAGAUGAGGCUGGGCAGAAGCUGGGGAGGAAGGGGGGCCGUCUGCCCUGUGGGCUGGAGCUGGAAGGGCAGGAGGGGACACGGGAAGUGUGCGCCCAGAGCUCCGGCAGCUUCGAGUUUCCGCCUGCCCUGGCGCUGACCCUCCUCCCCCCGUCCCUACAGCGGCCUCACAACCAGCUUCUCAUGAACCAGCACUUGGGCUCGGCAGCCGGGCAGAGAAACCCUAGCUCCGAGGCAGCUGCAAGCAGGCCCGUCUUCCAGGCACUUUGCUGA